AUGGAUGAUUUACCACAUCUGAACCUCCAAGAAGUGGACUCACUCGAAGCCACCGUGAUCAUCGACAAUGAGCUUGACCCCAUGUCGCCCGCAGCCCCCGAUACGGUCCGGAUAGCGGGGCAAAUGGGCAACAUUAUUUUCAAGCCUGGCAAUGAGAUCACGGAUCGCGGCGAUGCGAGCAGAGAAUUGCGCAUGGGUGAUAUCUGUUGUGCUGCGCAUGGCUUGUCUAUUCUGGUGACAGCAACAAAGGGUGACAAGAAACACUCUGUUCUUUUCGAUGUCGGUCCUGAGGAAGAUAUAUGGGAACGCAAUGUGAAACGAUUACGUCCGGAUCUUGCUUCGGUUGAGGUUAUACAGCUUUCACAUUGGCACAGGGACCACUCGGGUGGUCUUCUGCAGGCCAUUCGUAUGAUCAAGGAUGCCAAAAAGGCUCAGGGCCUUUCAGACGAUCUGGUCGUUGACCUGCAUCCUGACCGGCCCGUUUAUAGAGGUAUGGCUGCUGCUCAAACAAUCAUCUCCAUGGAAGCAGAUCCUACCUUUGAAGAAAUAUCCGGCACCGGCGCCGUAAUAGAGAAGAGCAGUGAAGCACACACGAUACUCGAUGACAUGUUCCUCGUGUCAGGCGAGAUCCCACGAGUAACGCCCUACGAAACGGGUCUGAAAGGCGCAGUUCAGUUUGAUCCUGAGACGAAGGAUUGGUACUCCGAUGAGCAAAUUGCCGACGAGCGCUUCCUCGCGGUUAAUCUCAAAGGGAAGGGCCUUGUUAUCUUCACGGGAUGCAGCCAUGGCGGCGUAGUCAAUGCCUCAAAGCACGCAAUUGAACUUGUCCCUAAGAACACCCUUCUCCAUGCCGUCGUGGGCGGUUUCCAUCUCGCCACUAGUGACGAGCCACAAGUACAGAAAACAGUCGCAGAUCUCAAGCGCCUUGAUCCCGCUGUCUUGAUGCCGGGUCACUGCUCUGGCUGGCGAUCCAAAUUUGCCAUUGAGAAGGCCAUGCCAGGGACUCUGGUGCCGUGCACUGUUGGUAUCAGUAUCAUUUUCUAG